AGCUCGGACGACAACAUCCCCGGCCAGGCGGCUCACAAGGAAGAGGACUCUGGCAACGCGCUGGAGGAAAACCCCCAAAACCCCCCCAAUUCCACCAACACCACGUCCACGGGCAAAAACCGGCGGAGGCGAACAGCCUUCACCAGCGAGCAGCUGCUGGAGCUGGAAAAGGAGUUUCACUGCAAAAACCUGUCCCUGACGGAGAGGUCCCAGAUCGCUCACGCCCUCAAACUCAGCGAGGUGCAGGUGAAAAUCUGGUUCCAGAACAGACGGGCUAAAUGGAAACGGGUCAAGGCGGGCAACGCCAACUCCAAGACAGGGGAACCCUCCCGAAACCCUAAGAUCGUGGUACCCAUCCCGGUGCACGUCAGCAGGUUUGCGAUCAGGAGUCAGCAUCAGCAGCUGGAGCAAGCCCGACCCUGA